UAAAUAUUUCAAGAGUUUUGUACUUAAUGUGGUAUAAAUUGAAACUAACAGGGUCCUUUUGUAAAUACAUCAAACUACUCAAAGAACAUGUGGAUUUUACAAGCUCCCCCUGAGCUUACUCACUCACAUCCACUGAACAAAAACGAUGGCCUCGGCGAUUUUUCCAUCGCUCAGGUUAAGGCCCACCUUCUCCUCCGCCACGUCACCAUCUUCCUCCGGCGAUUUCAAACCCCGUCCAGCCGUCAUUCUCCCGGGUUUAGGCAACAACUCAGGAGACUACAAGAAGCUGGAGGUGACACUGGGUGAGUACGGUGUUCCUUCAGUGGUUGCAGCUGUAUCAAGGCUUGAUUGGUUUAGAAAUGCAGCCGGUUUGGUUGAUCCUGCCUACUGGCGCGGCACUCUCCGCCCACGUCCUGUUCUUGAUUGGUACUUGAAAAGAAUUGAUGAUGCUGUCCGUGAAGCAAAUGAGUUAUCCCAAGGUAAAGGAUUGUCUUUGAUUGGACACUCAGCGGGAGGAUGGCUUGCUAGAGUUUACAUGGAAGAAUACGGAAACGCUGAUAUCUCCUUGUUGCUGACACUUGGUACGCCUCACUUACCACCACCGAGAGGACUAUCAGGGGUUAUUGAUCAAACAAGAGGUCUUCUCUAUUACGUUGAAGAGAAUUGUGCAAAAGCUGUUUACACUCCUGAGCUGAGAUAUGUCUGCAUCGCCGGGAGAUACAUUCGUGGAGCUCCUUUAGUGGACAAGGCAGAUGCAAACGUUGAUUCUGAUGUGACUGUUGGAAUCGAAGGUGGUGAAGCCAUCUCUGAGCUUGCAUUAGCAAGCAACAAGACUGGGGAUUCAUCAGGGCCUAGCUUUCGUGCUCGUUUUGUAGGGCAAGGAUACAAGCAAGUAUGUGGAAGAGCUAAUGUGUGGGGUGAUGGAGUGGUUCCUGAGGUUUCAGCUCAUCUUGAAGGUGCGCUUAACGUUAGUUUCGAAGGUGUUUACCAUUCCCCUGUUGGUUCAGACGAUGCAACCAGACCUUGGUAUGGCUCACCGGUUAUUGUAAAAGAAUGGAUUCACCACCUCCUGGAGUGAGUUCUGUAAAAACAUUCAUCAUAACUUCCUCAAGAACUUGUUUUGUUCCAUUGUCACCCAAAUAUUCAAACUCUAAAUCACAUUAUGUAUUUAUAUUCUUCACUUCCGUCAA